UUUGUAAACAAGCAUGGUCAGAAAAUUGAAAUUUCAUGAGAAGAAACUUCUCAAAAAAGUCGACUUUAUAUCAUGGGAUGUAGACAGAAACCUCCGUGAAGUGGCUGUGAUGCGCAAGUAUUACAUACAGCGCAGAGAGGACUACACAAAGUACAACAAACUCUCUCGCCAUGUGAGAGAGUUGGCGAGGAAGAUCAGAGAUUUGGAGCCAAAAGACCCAUACAAGGCAGAGGCAUCAAACCAAUUGCUUGAUAAACUUUAUUCCAUUGGUUUGAUAUCAGCAACGAAGAACUUAGAAAUAGCAGACAAAGUCUCUGCCUCGUCAUUUUGCAGGCGGCGUCUCCCAGUUAUCAUGGUGAAAAGUCAAAUGGCCGAAACCUUAAAGGCUGCAGUCACGUUUAUUGAACAAGGCCAUAUACGCUGUGGUCCUGAAGUGGUGAUGGACCCUGCUUUCCUUGUAACUAGGAAUCUUGAAGACUUUGUGACAUGGACAGACACAUCGGCCAUUAGGAAACAUGUGUUGGAGUAUAAUGAAAUAAGAGACGAUUUUGAUAUGUUUGCGUAGUGACUGAUAUUGAGUGGUCACACUGAGUAACACGGCGAUGGACUACACUAUACUGCUAGGAAGUCUUGUGUUUGUGUUGAACUGACUGAAGUUCAGUGGAGAUAAUGGUGGACCCUUACACUGCCACGGCAAAGUGCAGAGAAUCUGAUGUUUGUUGUGUAUUUUGUAUAUCUAUAUCAUAAUACUAUAAGGCGGCUCGCUAAAGUGCCAUUUGGGGGUCGUGUUUCGUCUCGAAAUUUUGCACGUUUGCAGGUGAUAUGUUAUCCUGAUGCAACGUCAUGUUUAUUUUCGGAAAUUUACUUCAGCGGAGCAGUAAUGAGGGAUUUUUAAUUGGACACGGUCAAUUCUCCUUAUCACUCACGGAAGCCAAGCCAUUGCUGUUCAGUUAUGCAGGGGAUUAAUGAAUCACCUGCACUCCCUGUGGGGUGACUAACACUACCUGUUGAACGGCUGGCUGUAGGGGGAUGAUUGGAACAGCCUGUACACGUGUUGACCUGCUGAACCAAGGUUAAUGUUAUUUUCAAUCCACGAUUGUAGGUCACCUGAUCUUCGAGAUUUCGCGGGAAAGAAAUUGUAAACAAACGCAUGUGUGCAGUUCAAAUGUAAACAAAAAUGUAUUUUGAUACUUUUGGUUGCUGGACUUGGGUUUUCCCGCAGUAAGGAGCUGGGGUCAAAUUGAUGGUCUAUCGUAUAUUGAUACUGUAUUAGCCAGAGCUAGCCCUUGAUUAUGAAGGGAUUUUCAAAUUAAGGUUACAAUGGUAUGUUUAUGUGCUCACCACAGCUUUCAAAACUUGAUGUAUCUGAAGAGGCACUCUGAACUUGGCAUGGCCUUAUCAAGGAGCUGCUCACGGUGCUGAACUUCUAGCUUGCCUGUCGACUAAGUGCCUUGCCCGAGAUCAUGCUACAUGUAGGAGGAGCACGCAUUUUAAAGUUUUAGUAGUGAUAGUGCAAUUGGUCCGAGCCAUUUGGAGGCCGACAUGUGAAGGCCUAUCUGGGUUCUCCUUCAUCUCCGUAUAAAAAGGGGCAUAUUGCUGACUAAGGAACGAGGUAUAUUCACAUUGCCUCAUCAUCUCAUUCGGACCAAUUGAUUUACUUUUAUAUGCACGCAUACAGCACGCCACAGGGUCCGAGUCUGUGGACAAAUGGUUGGUUUAAUUUGUCUCUUCGAUAUUGCUCCUUUGAUAUUGCAUUAUAUUUUCAUUGCAAUUCAAUCUAUUCAAGGUAUAGCCCAUUUGAACCUGCCUGCGCCACGGGUACAAUGCUAGUAUUUU